CUUCUCUUUUUCACGGUUCUGACGUCAGCAACCUGCAAUUGAACGAAUGAACUAACGGACGACCGAGCCCCUACCGGAGCUACCGGGAGGCAGUAGAGUUACAGAGCGAGUCCCCGCCGCCCGCCUCGGAGGAGCUAAACGGAGGAAGGAAAGCUGUGCGCCGUCGUGAGUAGAAGCCGUGUUGGAAUCAAACGAUGCGAGCUGUAGCCGAGUAACAGAGCUUACUGUCGACGAGCGGAGAAAAGAGAACCGUUACCGUGAUUUACCGACACUUACACCGAAUAGAGACGGAGGACGAGCGGACGGACAACCCACUACCGAGACACCGUUUGAGAAACUGCGGUGGCUACAACGAGUUGUUUUCGCGCUGUGGAUCAAAGUGAUUUAAAUGCUUUAACCGAGCCGUACCCCUGGCUUGAGAGCGAGCGAGAGGGAGCUGCCCAGAGAGCGAGAGGAAGAGGGAUCUUAGACACCGCGCAGACAAGGAGGAAAUCAACCAAGAAAAGAAAAAACGGAUUUGCAGACAUCGUUAUUUCCGCGCACACGCUUCGUUGAAUCCACCCUUUCAUUGCUUUUAUUUUCUCUGGAUCAAGGUUUCGGUUACGCUUUCAAGCUGUGUUCUCUAACCAUGGGAUGUACUCUGAGCGCAGAGGAGAGGGCGGCUCUGGAUCGGAGCAAAGCCAUCGAGAAAAACCUGAAGGAGGACGGUGUCACGGCAGCCAAAGAUGUCAAACUGCUGCUGCUCGGGGCUGGAGAGUCAGGGAAAAGUACCAUCGUCAAACAGAUGAAGAUCAUCCAUGAGGAUGGUUUCUCUGGCGACGACGUAAAGCAGUACAAGCCUGUCGUUUACAGCAACACCAUCCAAUCUCUGGCUGCCAUCGUCCGUGCCAUGGAUACACUGGGACUGGACUACGGAGACAAAGAGCGGAAGGCGGAUGCUAAGAUGGUGUGUGACGUGGUCAGUCGUAUGGAGGACACAGAGCCUUACUCUGCGGAGCUGCUCGGCGCCAUGAUGCGCUUGUGGUCCGACUCAGGCAUCCAGGAGUGUUUCAGCCGUGCCCGCGAGUACCAGCUCAAUGACUCAGCGCAGUACUACCUAGACAGCCUAGACCGGAUUGGUGCAGCAGACUACCAGCCCACAGAGCAGGACAUCUUGAGGACCCGAGUGAAGACCACAGGCAUCGUCGAGACACACUUUACCUUCAAAAACCUCCACUUCAGGCUGUUUGAUGUGGGAGGUCAGAGGUCGGAGAGGAAGAAGUGGAUCCACUGUUUUGAGGACGUCACAGCUAUUAUUUUCUGCGUGGCACUCAGCGGAUACGACCAGGUGCUGCACGAGGACGAGACCACGAACCGCAUGCACGAAUCUCUGAAGCUCUUUGAUUCCAUCUGCAACAACAAGUGGUUUAACGAAACCUCCAUCAUCCUUUUCCUCAACAAGAAGGAUCUCUUCGAAAGCAAGAUCAGCAAGUCACCACUGUCCGUCUGCUUCCCCGAGUACCCUGGUCCAGACACUUACUUGGAGGGAAUAGACUACAUCAUGUGUCAGUACAAGAGCAAGAACAAGUCCCCCAGCAAAGAGGUGUACCCCCAUGUGACCUGCGCUACAGACACCAACAACAUCCAAUUUGUCUUUGAUGCCGUCACUGAUGUCAUCAUAGCAAUUAACCUGCGGGGGUGUGGCUUGUACUGAUGAUUCAGUUAGAUAUCAGCCAAUAGAUGCAGGAUGCCUGUUUAUUAGUUUGUACCACAUAGGAUGGCCCUUAUUUGUCAUGUCAUCAUAUGAUAGCCGGUGUUUUCCCAAAAGGCUGGCUAUUGGUCCAAGUUGACUCUUAAAUAAUGAAUUGGUUGAUUGGUUGGUUGAGACUUUUUUAAAUGUAUGUGCCUUUUUUACCUAGAAAAGAACCAACUGCAGUUAAUGUGCAACUUCUUGUACAAAUUGUUUGCUAGUGCACUGCUUAAACCGUGCAGAACUCCUUUCUUCAGGGAUACACUGUUCCCGGCUGAGACUUGCUUACUCAAAGAACUAGAUGGAUGGCUAGAUAACUGCAGCCAACAUUACAGGUUGACUUGUGGUGCAAGCAGCUUUUAUCAUGAGAAUCACUCCUCUACUACAAUGUAUUUCUAUACAGUUUCAUUUAAUUGCCUUUGCAUUGGACUUUAGUCACAUGGAGGGCAGAUAUAAAACUCAAUAUACAUGUGUUUUUUAACAAUCCUUAAUCAGGUCAAGUUGAAUUAAAUCUCAGUUUAUGUUUGAAAGAUGAUCUUAAGACUAUUGUGUGAAUGAGAUUUAACUGUGGUAUGUCCAGUCGACCAAGAAGAAAAAGUAGCUUUUGUGAGAGCCUGCUGCAUUAUUUGGUAUGGAUUGUGUUAUUUGUUUUGCUCUGAUGUCUGUGGUGCAAUGACGGUGUCUGACUGUAUUUGUUGCACUUGGAUGUGCUCUGUUAACUACGGAGCUCCAAAGUAAUCAGUAUUUAAUCAGUCCGACAUGAUGAAUUCAAUCAUCACAAAGAUAGAACAGCAAACAUUGUGGAAUUAUUAGAUGAAGUCAAAUUGAAUUGGUCAUGUGAAGUGAAUAUGAAUUUACCAAUCAAACGUGUUUUUUGUAUAUGAUAGCCUUUUGCUGAGCCUGCUCACAGGCUUGGACCUGUCACUGAAAGACAAAUAGACAUUUCCAAAAUAAGAAUGAUGAUAUAACAUGAUAACUAAUCAUUUCAAAUUGUUCAAUAUUUUCUGUAUUCUCUCAUAGCCGUAUGCAUUUUAUAUAAUUACAAUUAGUAGGUCAUUGGUUUAAUAUUGCCCAUUUUGAUGCCUUGCUUAGUGCCUCAGCAAGUAUGAAUGACAGAGUCUCCAUCUAGUCCUGUUCUUAGAGAAACAUACACAGUCUUUUCGGCAUCAAUACAUCAGCAGCAAAGCCUCACUCAAAACCUGUGGGAGGAGAGGGAUUGUCAGAGUAGAUCAUUUGGAAAAUGCUUUAUUAAUCCAAAUAUUAAACAAGGCCGUUGUCUGAAUAUGCCCCCUUUAUUUCCAGUUUGUUUUUCUACAAUCAAAAUCUCAUGCCAUUAUAAUAAUGUGAUAGAUGCUUCAUAUAAAUGUAGGCUUUAAGAAAUAUGAAAACACAUUUGGAACAAACAAAAAUAUAUUUGUGUAUGUCAUGUUGAAAGCUAUCCAGCAUCAGUCAUGGUUUGAGCAAUGGUUGCUUCUCAUUUUAUUGAAAACUACCAAACAGAAGUUCAUACAGCAGACCUAAAGGGUGUUUCCAUGUCACAAAGGAAAAGUGUCAUUAGUGCCUUAGGCUUGAGUACAUUUUUGUUUGGUCCCUAUAGAAGAAUGUAAUUGAGAUUGUAUUAUUAGUAGUUAUACUCCAUUAGGCAGCAUCAUUUUGUUUCUUAAGCCUCUACCUUCCACGUUGACUAAAAUUGUAGCGAGGAAGUUGCUCUUUAUUCGUCCGUCCUCUUUCCUCCCAGUGGACGUCACCUAGUCGUAUUUAAGAAUUGAUUUUCCAAAGCUCUCCUGUUAUAGCAUAUGAGGGACUUGUAUAAAAUCACUCUCAAUUAAGUACUACAAGAAGAGGUGUUCUGACUCAACCAUUCCCAUAUAAUGCUUCAAAAGAAGCAUUGAUUUUAAAGGGCCCUGGGGCCACAUUCAUUGUAUGGUGCUGCAGUGCAGUAUCACAAUUGUCCGUCUCUCUUUUAAGGUGAGCUUUGAGAGAGUGAAUGUCGACCUUGUGACUAUUGUUUUAACCCCAAUUUGUGCUAGAUAGCAGUUGUCCCAAAGCUGCUGUAUGGUUGAACUGUGAUUUAGAUAACAUUAAAAGUGUUGUGGGGGAUCAGUCCAAGUGAGAGUGUUGACAUUAAAAGCCAAAGAGAUGCAUUAAAUACCAGGAACAUAUCAUGAGCACCUCCCUCCUCUCUUUAUAAGCAACAGUUUAUAUAACGGAACUGAGCUUGUUUGGUCCUAAGGACUCUGUUGUAGACUGAGCUGAGUGUGUUUAUGAUUGCUCUCUGCUUCUUCAAUUAUUUAUGAACAGGGCAUUUGCUUCAUACCACUUUCCCCACUAACCCUAACCCCCCCCACACUCAUACAGGAAGGCCAUUUCUCCCUCUGCUCGAAAACGCAAUUUUAGUUUCUUAAACGUAGAUUACAUCAGCGACCGUUCUGUGGCAACAAUAACAGAUCCACAUCAAACUGUUGGUCAUGCUACCGAUUUUAUUCAGUUAUGGAAUGUAGUUACUGUGUGUGUGUGUGUGUGUGUGUGUGUGUGUGUGUGUGUGUGUGUGUGUGUGUGUGUGUGUGUGUGUGUGUGUGUGUGUGUGUGUGUGUGUGUGUGUGUGUGUGUGUGUGUGUGUGUGUGUGUGUGUGUGUGUGUGUGUGUGUGUGUGUGUGUGUGUGUGUGUGUGUGACAACAUCAGCCCAUGGGAGGUUGUGGUGAGACAGUAUCUGUGGAUAAAUUACCCAGAAGGCACCAGUCUACCCUUUCCACACAUAGGCUCUCGACACACGCAUAUACACUGAAGGCACUAACUCACCCAGGGGACUUCCAAAUGCCAAAAAAUACCCCCAUAUCCAACCAGAAAGCCUCAGAUGUUUUUUUGGUUCUGAUGCCAAACAUAAAGCCGGCCACUGCUGCUGCAGGCUUCUUACUUUGUAAUCUUCUCUCCUGAAAUGUAUUAUAUAAUGACAAGGUAAAAUUAGCUUUGUGCAUUGCCUUUAUAAAUACAGCUUGAAAUAUGCAUAAAACAUCAUAAUGGUUUGUCCCGAAAAUAAGUACAAAUAAGAUCACAUAAAAGCAGUCUAUGAAUGCACUUCUUAACUUCUCUUUCCUCUAAUGGGAAUGUCCAUACUGUAGAAGACAUGCUGAGCAUUUCUGCCUCCAUUUCAAGGUCGUUUUGGAUGCAGUAUACUGAAAUUACCAAGCAAACUGUUAUUGCCAUUAUUUUAACGUUUGCAUUCCGAUGGUACCAUCGGAAUCAGUAGGACCACUAAAUCAAAUUACACAAGUUAUCCAUCCUAAAUGCCUUGCUACUGUGUUGUAUGAAUCAUUUUGUUGAUCAGCUUCCUCACCUAAUGCACCGCAGGUUACUGUGGGGGAUGCUUUUCUUUUUGUACAUUCAUGUACCUAUUUUUCUGCCUGAAAGCCUAAAGAGCAGCCAGCAGUCGACAUGAGCUGUGGAACAAUGUGCUGGUGAAUUUAUUAUCCACAGUAAGAUGGCAAGCUCCAAUUCACAUGCAGCUGAAAGGAUAUGCCUACAUUUGUUUUUGCCCUCGGGGUAACAAUGGCUGCGUAGUGUUGGAGCUUUGUCUCCUCUAGCUUCUUUCGUGCUGGUGUUAACCUCAGGCAGUGCAGAGCACAGGACGUAUCCAUGUUUCUGCUCCACUGAUUCUUUAGUAGUGAAUUAGAUGCAUGCAAGUGAAUUUAAAGGAACAUUACUAUGUCUUGCAUACUUAAAUUAAUGUCAUACCUACUUAAAUUGAGCAGCUUUUUGGGUAGUAUUUUUGAAUUCAUAUGCUAUUUAAGUCACCUAAUAAACAAUAAGAUCUGAUUUCUUUUGACAAAAUUCACCAGAAUUUAACUUAAAAUGCCUCAACUACGCCCCUUUGAGAUCGUCCACUAAUUGUGGCCAUUGGAAUUACUUACAUUUUUCGUAAUAAAUGCUGGUUUACUGAACCAGAUAAAAUAUACUCACUGGUAUUAAAAUAAACCACUUAAAAUGAGAAAGUUGUAGUCCAUCAUGUGCCAACCUUAACACCUAAUCCUCUCAAAUGAAUCUCCAACAAGUGAAAAAUAAUAAUAAUCAGGGCAAACCAGAGAGGAUAGUGGGUAACGUCAUUUGUCCCCUUCAAUACCGGCCAUAAAUAAUACACUCCUGCAGCGACAGAGAGAUCUGUUGGUGAUGUGGUCUGAAGUCAGGCUAAUCGGUGUACGGGUAACUGUAACGUAACACAAUCAGUGGUCUAUUCAUGUAACAAAGGUCCUUAUUUAUAUGGAGAGCAGGUGGUGGCACAAAAGAAGUGUUAGCACCAUGUGCCAAUUCAAUGCCUCGGCAACAUAAACAGUUUCUAAAAUCCCCAAAAAGCAGCCAAACCUUCUUGACUGAAUUUUGGAGAUUGGAAUGAGCUCCCUUUUUCCUGUCUUAAGAACUAGAAGUGGGUGUUUGCCUUUUUUGCCUGUAAAUGCUUCGCCUGUAAAAGUUGUCGUAUAUUAUGUUUUGUUGCCACUUGAUAUAAUGAGCACUUGUGAGCCUCAACACAGCCAGGGAGAUCCUAUUCUAGACUGGGAGGGGAUUGAGAAAGCUGCAGGGCACGUGGCUGUAAUGAACCUGUGUCGAAUAAAGGAGGCAGAGUAUGAGCUGCUGAAAGUCCUCACAUUUAGCUUCCUCUAAACCCUUACUGCUGUUGCUUUUUUAGCCUUCAGCCCUCCAAUGUCCACUUUAUUUAACCACUCUGUCAAUACCAACCAAUCUAUACUGUACAGGUCAUACAGCUAAAUCUACAAGCUUGUUUAUUGUAUGUGUGUGUGUAUGUAUGUGUGCGGGUGGGGUAUCGUAUUGAGCACUGUAAGUAAAAUAUAUCUGCUGUAUCUCGCUCACUGCUGUGAUAAUUUAUUGAACGUUGUAUUUAUACAUAAGACAAAUGACAAUAAAGUACCACAUAAGUAUCUUGA